UCGAACGUAAAAUACUUGAAUUCGAGUCUAGGAAAAAAGGAUAGAAAUUUUGUUUUAAAUGACGCAGAAAAAGGAUUCGAAAUUCGUCAAACGAAUCCUAAUAAAAGUGGAGGCGGUUCACCAUUGUUUUAACGAUUAUGGUGUAGAACGCGCAUUCCUUAUGAAAGAAAACUCCAAUUUUAAGAAAUUGAAAGCUGUAACAGCCAAAGAUAUUGGCAUCCCAGGCUGUUGUUUACGAUAUCUAUACAACGGAGGAUUCUUCAACGAAACGGAGACACCACAGUCAAUGGGUAUGGAGGAUGGAGAUACCAUAGACAUAUUUUGUAUAAUGGGAGGUCCACCCAAAAAAGCCAUAGAGAUAGAACAACUUUUCGAGAAUUUCCUGCUGCGCCAGAAUGUGCCUGGAGCACAAUGGAUGAUUUCUAUGAAAAGUCUACUCUCUAUACAAAAACCUGACACUGAAAACCGCAAAUACACCAAAUUGGAUUAA